GAUUCAUUUGCUUCCCUCUUCCUUUUCCCUCCUAACCCGUAUUUGCUUACUCUGUCUUCAUCAUCAUCUCCCUGCGUUGAUCACGCCAUUGUUGAAGCUUCAUCUUUCUCAUUGCUGCUUUCGUUGACGUUGAUUGUAAAUGGAUGAUAGUGUGGUGUUGAAAUUUGUGUACAAGGGUACAGAGACAGAAGUUUUUGUUGAUGAUGUCGACCUAGUUAACUUGCUAGACAUGAUUAUUGAUUAUUGGGAUACGGCUGAGAGGGAGGAACAUUUGACGCCUGAACAUCCCAGUUUUAGCUAUGUAUACAACAAGAAGCAUGUUGAACUAGUUGAUGAUAAAUCAUUGCUGGAGAUGUUUAGUAGAAAUAUGGGCAAGGAUAGUAUUUGCAUCCAUGUAGGGGAUUCUAAACCUAAUGCCCUAUUAGAUAAUGCUAGGAGGCUUAGGGAAACCUUAAAGCAGAAUGCACAGAAGAAAGAGGUGAGAUCCAAUGAAAUUCCUGCAGAACUUGAUGAUGAAGAUGAUGAUGAUGUUGUUUUGAUAAUUCUAACCCCAAGUCAAUCUUAUGAGGAGCCUCCUGUAGUGAGUGUUGAGGAUGAUGUGGACCCCAUUCCAACUCCUGUAACACCUGAGAAACAACCUACUGAUGAUGUGCCCUGUGAGGAGGAACCUGUAAUAGUUGAGGAACAUGCUGUUGAGGAUGAUAUGGAUAGUGAUAUUAAUAUAGAAGCGUACCCCAUUCCAACCCCACUGCAGAUUUUGAAGCCCAAAGGCUGGAAACCACCAAAGACUGAGUUUAGGCCCAAGUUGCCUGUUUUGAGAAGGAGUAGAAGACAUGUUGAGAUAAACCCACCAUCCCCUGGCAACAUCAAUGAUUUUAUUAUUGAAAAUGUUGAGUUAUUGAAUGAGAUAAACCAAGGUGAUGAAUUUAAUAAUGAAGCAAAUGAUGAAGUUAAUGUAGAGGGUUCUAGAGCACAGACAACACAAAAGAAGACCCCAUCAAAGAGGACACAAAAGAAAACAUUAAACAAAUCCCCAAAUAAAACCCCGAAGACCAUUGCUAAGAAAACCUUAAGCAAAUUCCCAAACAAAAAAAUCCCAAAGACCACCAUGAGAAGAAAGGGAAUUAAGAAGUGUUAUUGGAGUGGAUGGGGCUCAUUUAAAGGGUAAUUAUGGUGGGGUUUUGUUAUCUGCAAUUGCCCUUGAUGGCAACAAUGAAAUGUUUCCAGUGGCAUGGGGUAUUGUCUCAUGUGAGGAUGAAGAGAGUUGGAAGUUUUUCAUUUGGCAUCUUAAGCAUGUAUUAGAACCAAGUAAAAGAGGCGACAAUUGGUGCAUAAUAUCUGACAGACAGAAGGGAAUUGACAAGGCUCUCACUGAUUUGUGGCCUAAGGUGCAAAAAAGGUAUUGUUGCAGACACCUUAGUGCCAACUGGAAGAAGUCUUUUCAUGGGCCUAAGUUAUGGCAAUUGUAUUGGCUAGCAUGUGGGGCUUUCUCACCGUACACAUUUGCAAAGGCUAUGAAUGAGAUUGAAAAAAACAACCCUGCUGCAAGGAUAUGGCUUGCUAAUUUGGGUCCACAGGAGAGAUGGACAAAACAUAGGUUUGACCCUGAAUUGAAGUGUGAUGUUAACACCACAAAUUUUGUAGAAAGCUUCAAUGCCACCCUAGGAACUGAUAGGUGUAAGCCAGUGUUAAGUUUGUUAGAGGGAAUUAGGAGAGUAACAAUGGUUAGGUUAGCAACAAGGAGGAAAAAGUGUGAAGAAUGGGAGAGGCUGUGUCCAAAUAUUGCGAAGAGAGUUCAAGUAUUAUGCAAUGAGAGUAGGUCAUGCAGGGCUUUCAUGUCUAGUCCAGGGGAGUAUGAGGUGGUGGAGGGUAAAUCAACUAUGGCUGUCAGUUUAAACCAACGCACAUGCCAUUGCAAUGUCUGGCAACUCACUGGGAUACCAUGUAGGCAUGCAAUGAGAGCGAUACUUCAUGAAGGUCUUGAUCCACAAUCCUUGGUUGAUGAUUGGUAUUCAGUAGAGAAAUAUAAGUUGACCUAUCAUUAGAGCAUUAAACCUAUCCCUGACCAGGGUAAGUGGCCACCAACUGAACACCCUGCUAUACUACCUCCUGUGCUGAAAAGAGGUGUUGGUAGGCCUUGUAGGAACCGAAAGAGAGGUGAUGAUGAAGAGAGGAAGGCAAAGAGGAGGAAGAAAAUUAAAUGUGGGAAGUGUGGGGAUUUUGGUCACAACAAGUCCAGCUGCAAGGGAGGGCCAACAAAAAAACAGAAGGCAGCAGCAUCUUCUUCAACUUUGAAGUGCAAGGGAAAGAGCAAAGCAAAAUGAUUACUAUCUGUGUUAUGUGAAUGUAAUUACUUAACUUGUGACUUGAUAUGGAUGAACAAUACAUUAAUCCUAUUUUGUAUAUGUAAUGGAUGAACAGUUGAUCCUCUUUUUGUAUAACUAAUGGAUGAACAGUAGAUGUAAAAUUAUGUAAAAUUAAA